AUGCUUUUUUUUUAUAUUCGUCCUCUCCUCUUCUGCUCUGUCCUUUCGCACUACUCAACGCCCUGCCAGCCCUUAUCCCUUCCCUCCUCUGCCCACUCACAUGUGUUGAAGCAGCAACAGGAGGAGUACGAGGCAGAGGACAUAGACUGGUUUGAUUCUCCUUCUUUCCCCCACCGCAACCCCCCAUUCCCAGAAGAAAGCACCUCAAGCUACCCCUCAACAUCCCCCACUAUCCCUCAACACCUACCCUCACUCCUUCCCACCGCAGCAUGUGCUGAAGCAGCAGCAGGACAUGUGUUGAAGCAGCAGCAGGAGGAGUACGAGGCAGAGGGCAUAGACUGGUCUCGGAUUGACUUUGUUGACAACCAAGACGUGCUCGAGCUGGUUGAAGGGGUGAGUGAGUGA